CACAAGGACAAAUACCAAAUACCAGAGAUGAAACACUCAAUAUUUCAAUGGCUUCUAAUACUUUGUAUGACAGUGGUUUUGGCCGUCUCUCAGGCUGCUGCUACUUUGAUCGACAUACCGAGUCUGAGUCCAACUAGGGGAGUCAUCCUGGAACAACCAGAGAUUUUGAAAACAUGGAGUUCCGAGGAAUUCCAGACAUUUUACUACAACCAGACGCUGGAUCACUUCAACUAUAGGCCUGAAAGCUACACCAAAUUUCAACAAAGAUACGUGAUGAAUUUCCAGUACUGGGGUGGACCAAAUGCCCCCAUUCUGGCCUAUCUUGGAGCUGAAUCGUCUAUUGACAGUGAUCUCGCCGUCGUCGGAUUUCUCAACGACACUGCCCCCCGGUUUAAGGCUCUCCAAGUAUUCAUAGAGCAUCGUUAUUAUGGGCAAUCAAUCCCAUUUGGGUCAAGAGAAGAAGUCAUGAAAAACGCAAGCACUCGUGGAUAUUUCAGCUCGGCACAAGCCAUAGCAGAUUAUGCACAAAUCCUCUUACAUAUAAAGAAAGAGUGGCAUGCCCAACAUUCCCCAGUCAUCGUUAUAGGAGGCUCAUACGGAGGAAUGCUUGCUUCGUGGUUCCGGCUAAAAUACCCUCAUAUUGCCAUUGGAGCUUUGGCCUCAUCGGCCCCCAUCCUUUACUUUGACAAUAUCACACUGAUACCGCCCGGUGGAUAUUAUUCCGUUGUCACAAAAGACUUUAAGGAAGCUAGCGAAACAUGUUACCAAACAAUAAGAAAUUCGUGGUCAGUGAUUGAUGAUGUUGCUUCACAGCCUCAUGGUCUUGCUAACCUCAGCCGAAAGUUCAAAACUUGCAAACCGUUGGAGGAAGCUGCUGAGCUGAAGGACUAUCUGGACAGUAUGUAUACCAGAGCGGCUCAAUAUAAUCAGCCUCCAAGAUAUCCCGUUACUGUCAUCUGCGGGGGCAUUGACGGAGCUGCUAAUUCCUCUUCUGGAAAUGAGGAUGAUAUUCUAAACAAAAUAUUUGCUGGUGUGGUUGCUUAUAGAGUGAAUCAAACAUGCUAUGUGAAUCCGCCAAGAAACGUAUCCGAAACAGAUAUUGGCUGGCGAUGGCAGACAUGCAGUGAGAUGGUGAUUCCUAUAGGGAUUGGCAACGACACCAUGUUUCCUCCAUCACCAUUUAAUUUAAGCAGCUUCGAGAACGAAUGCAAGGGUAGAUAUGGAGUUCCUCCUCGGCCUCAUUGGAUUACUUCUUAUUACGGAGGCCAUGACAUAAAGUUUAUUCUUCAGAGAUUUGGCAGCAACAUCAUCUUCUCGAACGGGCUUAGAGAUCCUUAUAGUAGUGGAGGGGUAUUGGAGAACAUAUCCAAAAGUAUCGUUGCUGUUAAAACGAAAAAUGGAUCUCACUGCUUGGACAUACUUCCAGCAUCAGAAACUGAUCCACAAUGGUUGGUGGAGCAGCGAGCAACAGAGGUCAAGAUCAUCCAACAAUGGCUUGCUAACUACUUUGCAGACCUUAGAGCAUUAAUCAAACAUUAAUACAUGUCAUUAUAUUUAUUAGUAGGAGUUUGAUUCACUUCCGUAUAUAUCUUAAGUACUAUAUAUUCUCAAUCAAGGCAUAAUUAAUUUCUCUCUUUUUGAUCAAUAAAAGAAAAUUUAUAUU